CUUUUGGAUACAUUGAAACAGAGCUUUAUCCCGACAACCAAAGUGUUGCUUUGUGACUAGCCCAAUGAACAGGCCUAUCAGACCGAUGGAAUACCAAUUGCACCAGUUAUAAACAGUCUCCACGGACCUACAAUGACCCCAUCUAUUAAAGAGCGGCUCCUGGCCAUUCUGGAGGAUCUUGGCUCUGAGGAGCUGAAUAAGUUUAAGUGGCAUCUAACUAUAGAUAACCUGCUGGAUGGCUUCCUUCACAUUCCAAAGUGCCAGCUGGAGAAAUCUGACAGACAGGACACAGUGGAUCAGAUGGUGCAGAAAUACAGGGAAAAUGGGGCUGUGAUGAUCACACUGGAGGUCCUGAAGAGGAUGAGCCGUAACGAUCUCGCUGAGAAGCUAAAAAGAGACUGUCCAACAGGUCCUUCGGAUGAAGUUGUUGAGAAGUACCAACAAGAACUCAAACUGAAACUAAAAGAGAAGUUUCAGCAUGUAUUCAACGGGGUGGCAAAGCAGGGCGAUAAGCAACUUCUCAAUGAGAUCUACACAGAGCUCUACAUCACAGAGGGAGGAAGUGGAGGGGUCAAUAAUGAACAUGAGGUGAGACAGAUUGAGAUGACAUCCAAGAAUCCAGCAAGACCAGAGGCUAAAAUCAUCUGCAAUGACAUCUUAAAACAAUCAUCUGGAAAAGACAAACCUAUCAGAACUGUGCUGACAAAGGGAGUCGCUGGCAUUGGAAAAACAGUUGCUGUGCAGAAGUUCAUUCUGGAUUGGGCUGAAGGGAAAGCCAAUCAGGAUAUCCAAUUCAUAAUUUCACUCCCUUUUCGGGAGCUGAAUUUGCUGAGGGGGAAAAAGUACAGUUUAGUGGAACUUCUACAUAAAUGUGUCAGAGAGACUAGAGUGAUUGAGAGGGACUUUUUGAAUCACAUUUUAACAAAAUUGCAAAAACCAAGAAACUACAAUGAGAGCGAGUACAAAGUUUUGUUUGUCCUUGAUGGUCUGGAUGAGUGCCGACUGACACUCGACUACGACAACUGUCAGAGCUGGUGUGAUGUCACAGAGCCAACCUCCGUGGACGUGCUGCUGACAAACCUCAUCAAUGGGAAUCUAGCUGAUAACCUCCAGAGCUAG